UCUGCCUAAAAGUAUGUAAGUAGACAGUUUUUAAGCUUCCAACGGAUGGCACAUUUAUAGUAAAAGCGUUAACUAAAGUUUUAUAAAUUCAAAGUGACUUUCUCUCUGCUGAAAAAAGUAAAAUAUUCAUAUGGACUAACAUAGUUAAUGAUCUAAACAAAGUUAGAAUACUUGGAAGGAGUUAAAGGCAAAACAGAAGGGUUUGGCAAAGUGCACAAGGCCAAGAGAUGAAAUGAACGUCUCCUCGUACCCGUUCAGUUUGUGCCUGGUGAAAGUAACUCAACCAACGACAUCGGUGAAAUGGCUUCUGGAGAUGCUAUCAACUCCUUUGACCAGGAUCUAUCAACCACGUCCAAUACUAAAACGGCAGACAAUUCAAAUUUUAUUAAAGGUGAUCAAAAUAUUCAAUCUUCAAGUUCAGAUAUUAAUCAGCACCGCCAAUCUCGUUAUGGAAACAAAGGAGAUAAGGAGCGCAAGAUUGGUCAUCGGCGCGUUGGAGAAGGCGGGGAGAUCACCUAUAAAAAAAUUCAAACUAGCCAGAUAAUGGGCUCCAUCCAGUUGGGCAUUCAACACACGGUCGGAAGCCUGGCAUCUAAACCGAAACGAGAUCUUCUAAUGAUGGACUUUUUCGAAAUUGAAAGUAUUACUUUUCCCCCAGAAGGAUCAAGCCUUACGCCAGCCCACCACUACAGUGAAUUCAGAUAUAAAAUUUAUGCGCCUAUUGCAUUUCGGUAUUUUAGGGAUUUGUUUGGUAUACAACCGGAUGAUUUUAUGAUGUCCAUGUGCUCAGCACCGUUGAGAGAGUUAUCCAACCCUGGUGCUUCUGGUUCUAUCUUUUAUUUGACGGCUGAUGAUGAAUUCAUAAUUAAAACUGUUCAACACAAAGAAGGAGAGUUUUUGCAAAAGCUUUUGCCUGGAUACUACAUGAAUUUGAAUCAAAAUCCGCGUACAUUGUUGCCAAAAUUUUUUGGUCUUUACUGCCUACAGACAAGUACUAGUAAAAACAUUCGAUUGGUUGUUAUGAACAAUCUCUUGCCCUCAUCAGUUAAAAUGCAUUUGAAAUAUGAUUUAAAGGGAUCGACAUUCAAGAGAAAAGCUUCAAAAGGGGAACGUUCAAAAAAAUCGCCGACUUAUAAAGAUCUUGAUUUUAUGGAGCAUCAUCCAAAUGGUUUGUUUUUAGAAGCAGAAACAUACAGCGCACUCAUCAAAACAAUUCAACGCGACUGUACAGUGCUGGAAUCAUUCAAAAUUAUGGAUUAUUCACUUUUAGUUGGAGUUCAUAAUUUGGAUCAGGCGAGCAAAGAAAAGAAAAGUGAAAGUAAAAAAUCAAAAGCUCCCAUAGCUGAGGAUUCCGAUUUUGAAGACAAUCCAGAUGGGGAUGGCGAAGCCGCCGGGGGAUCAGAAGGUCGCGACAGGGAAUCAUCAGUGAGCAUGAAUCGCAAUAAAUCAGCAAAUCGGCAACGUUUAGUAGCGCAUUCUACAGCAAUGGAAAGCAUUCAAGCCGAGAGCGAGCCUAUAGACGAUGAAGACGAUGUUCCACCUGGUGGAAUUCCUGCCAGAAGUGAAAAAGGCGAACGUCUCCUUCUCUACAUCGGUAUAAUUGAUAUAUUGCAGUCUUACAGAUUGAAGAAGAAACUUGAGCAUACUUUCAAGAGUAUUAUACACGAUGGGGACACUGUAUCAGUGUGCCGGCCAUCAUUUUAUGCUCAAAGAUUCCAAACCUUUAUGGCCAAAACGGUAUUUCGAAAAAUACCUUCGUUGGAUUUACCGGAAAUUAAAGGAAAUCAUAGAAAGUUUCGUACUUUGGUAACCAGUUACAUCGCACUCAAGCACUCUCCUUCAAAAAGGAAAAGUUUAUCGAAAGCAAUACAGCGUUCUAUUGAAAAUGAGAGUGAAAAUCGCUCGGAAUGCGCCGUCGAACAUCGCCCAGCGUAUCCAUCGAACACUUCCGGCACUAAGGCGCACACACAAUCCAGUAAGCCGUCAGGUGGACUGAAGUCUUCUGGUACUGAUGUACCCACAUCGACUACAUCGCUCGCUUCCACAACUCCCGUUGUUCCAAUGCUUGGUCCUCGAUUAUCCAUUCAACAUGCGGGCAGUGGUGCAUCAAAGUCUAAGGUCCCUCCACCUGUGCCACCAAGAGGUUCACCUCGGCGGAAGAAGAGCGAUGGUCAUAACGAAGUCGCACGCGGUGUUUCCAAUACAGGCUCAACACCUUCUUGCAGUUCAACGCCUCCACCCGCGUUUGAUGAUAUUUCUGAAGACAGUUCGAAUAGAAAUAGUUCGUCCUUCGGUAGAAAAUCGCAAUACUCUCACGAGCGUAAAAUGAAUGUCGGUCCAGCAUAUCGGGGCUCUCAAAAGGACGAUAUUGUCAGCAUUUCUGAAAUACACUUAGACACAUAUUUGGCUGUAGAUACUUCAUCCAGUAGUCAAUAUGGAUCUCGUGGAGGAUUGGCGUGGACACCACCAGCUUCUGGAGAGGGAUCAACACCGACUUGGACAGAAGGAACCCCAAGCUUUACAGAUUCCAGCUCCAGUGGUGAUAUUGAGAACUUCUCCCCAAUUAACACAUCAAAAACUGACCGACAUAAAGCAACUGUGGAAGACACACUAAACUCCCUUUCAUCGGAAAUGAUUCGAUAUUAACUAAAUAAGUAAUUCUGGACUGAAGGAACUUUUACAUUUGUGACAAAUAACCACAAGGAGAUACAAUACUCGAGCGUGGGAUUGUGUACCAGCAGAAGUACUUAUGUUGAUUUGUACUUAGAGAGCUAACCAAUUCUUUAAAGAACAUACGUUAUUACAUACAUAUGUUAUUAUUAAGGUUUACUAACCUUACACUUCAAGGAUGCCAGUGAUUACAAAAUAAGUUCAUAGCAGUACUACAUACAAACUUACACAGAUAUAUAAAUAUAUGCUAAAAUCCUAAAUACAAAUAUAUAAUACAAAUUGUGAACUGACGCGGAUAGGGUUAAAAUGUUUAAAACGCAUAUACACACAAAUAAUAAAAACACUAAAACUUAUUACCCGUUCAUAAAUCCAUAUGUGCUACAUCUUGUGUAACUCCCCUAAUCUUUCACACUAUUAUUUUUUAUCAAUUUGUCUACUCUGCCCUUUCCUCUAAUGUAUAGAUAAAUGGAAAUGCAAUAACAUUAAACUGAUUUUGUAUUAGAGCAAUUCGCUUGUGUGUACAUGCAUACAUACAUAUCCCAAUAAAUCUCCACAAUUGAGACUCCAUUUCAUUGAAAGAGUUAGUAUGUAAACUAACAUAUAAACACCAUACAACAUAUCCGUAAGGACGGCAUGAACGAUCCAAAUACACAAGAGUUUCGGUUAUAUUUGGUAAUAUGGCCUUAAGGAAUUCACAGAAACUUUAACAGAAAUUUCUGCUAGAGUUAUUGGAUAGUUAACUAGUAACUUAACCGAUAUUUGGGUUGCUGUGAUGGAUAGGUAUGUGUACAUUCACAAAUGUAAUACUCUUAUACAAAAUUGUUUAAACAAAAAUGUAUGUACAUAAAUACAUCAAAAUCUUCACAUAUAGUUCAUAUGUACUAUAUGUAAUUGUAUAUAUAUAUCAUACAAUAUAGUCAUAAUAUCUAAGAAAACAAUAUGCUAAAUACCUACAAAACUAAAUUCAGUUAAAAGCUUAAAAUUCUAUAUAUACUUGAUCAUACAUAUGUAUAUCCUGUUUAAACAUUAUAUAUAUAUUUAACUAUUUUGGAUUCUCUAAAGGUAACAAAAUAUACAUAUGAAUAAAGCAUACAUUAUACGAGCAAUACAUACAAAUGGAAAGGUUAAUUAAAACAUUAUGAUCAAUAACUUAAAGUUCAUUAUGCAAGCGUUGUACAAGUAUUGUAUUUCUUUUAAUUGACUAAUCAAUGUGUAUACAAAAAUUGUCGAAUUCAUUAUUGCGUUAAAAUAUCCUACUUAAUACUUAAUAAAUUAGCUAUUGUUACAAAUAUAUAAGUAUUUACAAAGAUGUAUGUACAUAUAUGCCUAAAUUAUAAAUAUUUAUUAUUAAGAGUUUGAAAAUGUUUAAUUAUCUUAUUAAAGUAAAUUGAAUCCAAACUAAAGUUCGGCAAUUAGAAUUACUCUAAGUGGAUUCGUUCAAAACCAUAACCGUAUUGGUUAACAGAGCGCAUUAGUCCAGCUCUAGCAUAUUGAUAAUUUAACAUGUAACCCCAUGAAAGUGACAACUCCAGGACUUCAGUUAUAUUUAAUAUAACAUAUGAAUACUUAGGGUUGUCAUCAAUUCACUUUAAAAGUAAGCGAAGAAAAAUUUUCUGAAAAAAGCGCCGUUUUUAUUUUAUAUUAUAAUGUCGUAUUGCCGUGAUUGAUUUAGAGGAGUUUGGAAAAAAUGUAAGUGAAAUUUAUGAGCUUCUCAAAAAACAUAAUAAUGUAAUUCGAGAGGUUUGUUCUAUUGACGGGUUUUCACAAGCGUCUGCAGUUGAUAAAAGACAGGGAAGUGGUCGUCCUCGCGUGGUGCGAACCUAUUAAACCAUAAAACUGUUCGCGAAGGCAUUCACAAAAAUCCUCUAAAAAAAAAAGAAAAUGAUGUGAAGGGAAAUGGGUAUAAUGAGCCUCCCAGCCAACCAAUCAUCUUUUGACAUCGCGCAUACUAGUAAGUAAAUUAGGCUCAACAGACGGAUUUUUGAGUGGCACGGGUUCAACGGUCCUGAUAGCUUCUUUUUUACAGAUAAAAAAUUGGUCACUGUUGAAGAAGUUUUUAAUAAGCAAAACAACAAAAUCUACGCAAAGACUUCCAAAAACUAAAAAAAUUUAAAAGGGUUAAAUAUUAUGCUCUAUCACAAAAGGUAAAAAUCACACACAUGGCUUAAACGCAAUAUUCCUGAUUUCAUAGCUGCAGAUGAUUGACCGUCUGGAAGCCAAUCGGAAUAAAGAAUUGGAUAACAUGGGCUUUCGAAUACUCCACAUAAAUUUGAAGAAUCUCAAAAAAACUUUGGUGCGAAGCAAUAGAAAUUGUACGUGCUGCUAUUGAUCAAUGGUCGAAUCGUUUGAGUGCUUAUGUGAAAGCAAAAGAUGACCAUUUGGAAUAAUAUUUUGAACGUCAUUCAUUAAUAUAUGAAUUAUGCAAUAAAAUUAAUUUUUUUUAAACAUGUAUUAAUAUUUUAUUUUUUUAUAACUUGUUACAUAAUUUAUGGCAAGAGUAAGUGCUGUCUUAAAUUGUUGCCUAAUCGCGAUUUGAAUCAAUUAUUAAAAUGUUGCCAUAAUGUGUCGUCGUGGAUUUCGAAAAGUGGGGAAUUGAGGAUCUUGAAGUCAAAAAGCCGGGAAAUUCCGACAGGUAAUGGUUUACUUUUGAACAAAUGCUAUAAAUUUUAUCAUUCGUAAAACCAAACCAAAAAGUAAACUAAAAAGUAGCGGUUAGAAAAGAAAAUUUAAGUUUUUUUGCCUUUGUCUAAUUCGUGCUCUAUCAUUUGGUUAUCUGUUGAAAAUAAAGCUUUUUUUUUAUUGAAAUAUCAACAUAGUUUAGCGUACUUUUAAUUAUUAUUUUUUUCUUGUUACUCCAAUUUUAAAAUUAAUAAAUGUUUUCCCCGACAUAUUUAUUAUACCCUUUUCAGGGAAUAAAAAGUAUCUGCUGCUGCAGAUUAGUUGGAUCCUAACUGAUCCAAAUUAAAUGUACCGUAAAUUUUUAAUAUUACACAUACAUAUAUAAAACUGCCUAAAUUUAAGUUAAUGAAUUUAAA